AAAAAAUGCGGUGGCACAACUUAUUAUUAUUUCUGAUAUUCCUCAGAUGCUCCACAGGAUUAGUAUGUCCAAUACCAGCAGCCACGCCAGGAGGUUCGUUACGCAAUAAAACAUGUCCCGACUUCAAAGCCAAUCCGACAUUUGUUCAUUGCUGUGCUUCAAAACUACCGCCAACCAACACAUUGUUGAAAGAAAAACACGGAGUUUAUUGCUGUUCGUUGGAGGAUUUCGAGAAGGAAAAACAAGACAUGGCGAAUCAGGAACUCAGGAAUUUCUUGAAAGACUACCUGGCACUAAUCAUCUUUGGCUCAGUACUUGUCAUUUCUCUACUGGUAAUUGUGACAGCAAUAGUUUGCAAAAAGAUUCCCGGGUGUCCAAUGUAUCAGAGUAUUCAUAUGAUAACUCGAUCGAAUGAGUCACCAUCUGCGCUCUACCGUCCGGUAGAUCAAAUUCCGCCAAAAAUGUACGAGGCACCGCCUCCCUACGAGUGUUUUGUACCCCCGCCGGUGGUUGCCACGUCAUCAACGGAUAAUAACGAAUGGAAUUGCAUACUGGAAAAUGAGGUAAACGGAUCCCGUAGGACACCUCCUCAAAUCUCCUAAUCUUCCUUUUUUUUUCUAAAAAAUUAUAAAAAAAAUCCUCUCUUCAAAUUUAACGGGUCUUGACACGAAGUACUCUCACAUUUUAGCAUGUUUUUUUUAAUGUAAGAUAUUGAAUUCCCCGCCCCCCGGAUCAUUUGCUCAAUUUCUUCUAUGAAUUUAUUGAUUUUUUUUCAAUCACCCGGCUUCUUCAAUUUUUCUGUAUUUUUGUGAUUUUUUUCGAAUUUUUUGGUUAAAAAUUCAUCAUUAUUCGGUGCUUUUUCUCAUGUGCUUCUUUCAAAAUUCUUCCAUGUUUGUUGGAAUAUAUGGAAUUUUUAUGUAAAAAUCUUCGAUCUCUGCGCUUUUUGCUUCAAUAAAAAAAUUUAAUACCGCGG